GCAAUCAUCACCAGCACACAUCACCACCAUCACCCACUGCUCCAAUGACCUCGAAUCCACCAUUACCAACACCCUUGGGAUCAUCCACCCCCACACCCACAACAACAACAUUCACACAACCACCACAACCACAACCACAAUCAACAACAACAACAACAACAACAACAACGACAACGACAACACCAUCAACAACCCCCCUCCGCUACGUCCGCUACGAUGGCGCCCGCGAAGACGAGUACGUCCCCGCCAUGCGCCAAUUAAUCUCCAAAGACCUCUCCGAGCCCUACAGUAUCUACGUCUACCGCUACUUCCUGUACCAAUGGGGGGAGCUCUGCUUCAUGGCCAUGGACGACACCCGCCCACCCGACUCCGCCAUGGUCGGCGUCGUCGUCUCGAAGCUCGAACCCCACCGCGGGGGGCCCCUGCGCGGCUACAUCGCCAUGUUGGCCGUCAAGGAGGAGUACCGUGGGCGAGGCAUCGCGACAAAGCUGGCACGUAUGGCGAUCGAUGCGAUGAUUGAGCGGGAUGCGGAUGAGAUUGCCCUCGAAACCGAAAUCACCAAUACGGCCGCCAUAAAACUCUACGAGCGCCUGGGUUUCCUGCGCAGCAAGCGACUUCACCGGUACUACCUGAACGGCAACUCAGCGUAUCGGCUGGUAUUAUACCUGAAGGAAGGCGUGGGGUUGAUGCGCACGAGCAUGAUGGACCCGUAUGGUGGUGGAGGUGGUGCGGCUCCUGUUGUUCCCCCUUAUCCACUUCCACCGGGUGGUUCUGCGGAUCCACGAGGGGAUGAUAGUGGAGGAGGAGCGGAGAUGGCCGGUGCGCUUGCGGCGCCGGAACCUGCCUUGUUGCAUGGGAAUGGGAAUUCGGGGUGGUAGG